GUUGGGGGAGAGUGAAAUAUAGCGCAGAGGAGCUCGUGAGGAGCUUCAGUGGAACCGAACAGUCACCGGACAGAAACGGUACAGAACAGACGAGUCAACCUGAUAAUACUGGACAGUUUCUCUACAGCCUCUGGUUCUGUUGGACUAUACCGAGACACAAGACACCGAACCGGUUCAGUGAAAACCUCAAGAAACGUCCAGAGCAGCUUUUUCCUCCAAGACUACAUCUUUUUUUAAAAAAAAAACUUUAACGGUUAUCUACGUGAACGGACACAAUGCUCAACCUGUGCCUCGUGCUGAUUCUAUCUGCCUCCGUGUUUUCAGAGUCGCAGGUGAGGGAGACGGAGACAUGGAUGCCCAUGAAGACCACACAGACGGCCGCCAUGUUGACACACCAUGACCUGGAGUCAUCAGGCUCUGACUUUGGCUUCACAGACGACGAAGACGACGACAAUGAAUACGACGGUGGCGAUUACUACGAGGACGAGCUGAACGUCGACGACGAGGAGGAGUACGAUGACGACUUCUCCGGCUCUGGUGACCAAACAACAACUGUGUCACCUGGACGGGAGGCCAAGACGUCCGCUAAGCCCAAUGUGAACGACAACAAGAUCCCAGAGGUGGAGCGCCCGGUGCGGCCGACCGUUAACGAGGUGGAGAUCGUCCAGAACGAAAAUGAAAUCCCCCUGCUGAGGAACGGGGCCGAGCCCGGCGAGGAGCACCCAUCCAACGUCCUCAUGUCCCACGCCAGCGAAGACAGCAUCCUUAAAAAGACGGAGGUCCUCGCAGCUCUGAUCACAGGAGGCGCCGUCUGCCUGAUGUUCGCCGUCCUCCUCAUCCUCCUCCUCAUCUAUCGCAUGAAGAAGAAGGACGAGGGCAGCUACGAUUUGGGGAAGAAGCCCAUCUACAAGAAAGCUCCCACCACAGAGAUCUACGCAUAGACCCUGACCUCCCACCUCCAGACACACACCCACAAACACACACACCUCACUCCCUAAACCCUGAAAACCCCAAUCAGUGCCUCAUCAUCAUCAUCAUACCUCCUCCUCCUCCUCCUCACUUUACUUCAGCGGAGUGACACUCGAUAACGAAUCAGGAGAGAAGCCCCGACAACACAAUCGAUAGACUGACUCCUCCUACCUGAUGUAUGCUAAUAUUACUGGUGCUCUCUUAACCAAUCGGAGGCUUUGUUGGUCCGCUCGUCUCUCUCUUUUGGACAAGGAGCAACAGGAGUGGACUAUUUCAGCUGCGGUACACGGUGAUCGUUAUUUUCUUCUUUUUUGUCUCAUGUUUUUAUUAUUUUGUCCCCAUGUCAAGAGACAAAACAAUAGAACUUAGAACCGAGGACUUGGAGAACGUUUAGCUCCUCAUGGCUUCCCCUCCUCUAUCUCUUCCAGUUAAAACACUAACACUGUGCAAUGAUUGUUGUCUCGGUACGCAUUUACAGUUAUUUAUUCUCCCUCUCGUUAUUUGUUCUCCUCCUCGUCCUCCUCUGAACCUGUUUUCUUGGACUGCAGCUUCUCACGUUUAUUGUAGCAAAAUGACUUUUAUGUGAACAUUUUUAUUAGAUUUUUAAAAACAGAAACUCCAUGUAAUGCAGAGAGAGAUUUCAGUUUGUUCCAUUAACGAUCCCUUCAUGACGGGAAAAGAAUUGAGCUCAUGUUGUUCAGAUUAAUUCGUUUUCUGCUCCGUCAUCCGUUCAACCUGAUGUUAAUAAUUACAAUAUUUCUUAACCUUUAUCCUCAAACUAGUCCAAAAAAUGACAGGGAGAGAAGAGACAGUCUGACAAAGGUCAGGAAAUAUUUGCAAAUCAUUUCACAGUGUCGAAAGAUAUUUCAGUCCAUGUUCUGUGAAUUUUCUGAUGCAGCAGAGUUUAUUAAAAUGACCUUAAAAGACUUUUUUUCUUUAAAACUUCUGGCAUGUUUUGUAUCUCCUCAUGUGGGGAAAGUCCCUGCAGGCUGGCACGUAGCACCACAUAAGUAAGCUAAACUAAUCUGGAGGAAGAAUUUGCAAAUACUGUAUGACCCAGGUCAAACACACACACACACACACACACACACACACACACAUUGCAGAGUGUUGUGCUCUGCUACCUGUCUUGGAGAGCACUUCAAACGCCUGGAAGAUGUUUUACCACUAUAAUAAUUACCGCUGUGCCUCCAGGGUUUGUUUUUCUGUUAUUCUGAUGAACUCGACUGGAGUCACACCAACAUGCUCCUACAAGGUGACACACCUACAUUCCUCACACACAAACACACACUCACACAGCUCGUUCACGAGGACCGUAGCUGCUGACCUGCAGUUACACUCGAGCUUAAAGGUGCAAUAUGUAAGAAUUUUAGAUUCAAGGAUCAAAAAAUGAACUCUGCUUUCCCUCCGGCUCCUUCCUCGUCCCAGAGGUCCACAGCACCUGAACACCAACACUUCCAGUGCUCCAAGCUCCCAGUCCACACCGCUAACUGUAUCGCUACAGCGAGCAGCAGUUAGCAGUUGCUCUGUCUAUUCGCUGCCCUGUAUUUGUUUGUUAUUCAACAUGUGGCCAGUUCUUACAUAUUGCACCUUCUAAAGGAAUAGUUUGACAUUUUGGAAAGAUAAUUGAUACGCUCUCAAGCUACAGUUAGCUUAGCUUAGCAUAAAGACUGGAAUCGGAGGGGAAACGGCUAGUCUGGCUCUGUCUAACAACUGGAGACAGUUUUAUGAUCACAAAGUCAUGUUGACCCGCUGUGUUUAAUCACGUCACAUUAAACUCCCCCAAAGUUUUGCAGUUUAAAGUUUCCCGGCUGUGAGUUCUUGUUAGUUUUGAUUGUGCCACGAGCAACUUGUAAAAAUGAUAAUCUGCUGUUUUUUAAACGGCUUUAAGUACCAAAUUAUUGAAGACAGAUGAGAGUGAAAGAAAGAAACUUAUCUCCCAUAAUGUCAAACUUGAACUUUGAGCUUGUAAAGACUUUAAUAUUCCUGAAUCCAGUAGAUGUUGGGACUAUUUGUCCAAUGAGAAGAAAGUUGAAGCUCUGAUCGGACAAACUGGUAGUUUUUUUAGUUCUUUCUGCGUUCUUGUGUUUUCAGCCGUGGGGUCGAUGCUUUCUCAAUAAGCUACAACGACAGUUUUUAGUUUCGUGUUUUCAUUCUGGGGUCUACGAAGACUCACUGAAGCCACCAACAGGUUUCAUGCUCACAUUUCUCCGCGGCACACAGACUGAUCUACCAAGGAUUUGUACAUAGUCAUUAAAUAACCUUCCUUUUUUUUUUUUUUUUUUUUUUAAAGAACCUGAAGAAAUAAUAACUUGGUACUUAGCCGCAUCCUGGCAACAAAAAAUAUCAACCAAAUAUUUAAAUGCCAAAUUGUUUUUAUUUUUGUUUUCCUCCCAUCAGCACGUUCAUGUGAUUUACUGUAAAUGAGAAAGCUGUUUGAUGCUCGCAGUAACACUAACACGCCUGCGCUCGUUGUUCUCCACUAGAUCAACUUGUUCCCUUUUUUUUUUUUUGUUUUUAUUUUUUAUUAUUAAUUUAACUGUCAAAUUAUUUUAUUGCCUUCUUUCAGGUUGGGGUGUUUCCCCCUUUUUAAGCUGUUGUAUAUGUGAUUUUAAAAGUUUUAUAUACACUAGUUUGAGAUUUUCAGAGGCAAAUAGUUUUGAAACUUUUUAUUUUGUAAGAGUUUCUAUUAUCUUUUUAGACUUUUGUUUUUUUUUGCUUUUUGUAUUUAUGUUUGUGUUUGUAGAAGGAUUGCUUCUGUGGUUGGUGUUCAUCUCGUUGUUCAGGGGAUGUUGUGUUGAUGAGCCGUGUCGUCGGUAUCAGACCCGGGCUGAUUACUAGUUGGAGCUGGUUCAGGUAUUUUAUUUUAUCUUUUAUUUGGAGCCAAAACUGGGAAAUUCAAGGUCCCUGCAAACACCAGCUGCUCCCAGCUAUUGAAACAUCUUGACGCCGGUUCGAGGUCUUCGCUUCUCUGGAAACACAACAAUGUAAUCAAGUAAAUACUGAAACUUGUUUCCUGUAAGUGUAUCAGCCGACCUCGACCUCAGACUGAGGAGCGACUGAUUAGAAUUUGAGUCAAAUUUAAACAAGUGAACCAAUCCAACGUGUCUUUUUAAGGGAGUAAAACUGUUCCAGGAUAAAUUUUUUAAAAAAGUGUUUCAAGUAGUAAUCAGCUCCGGUCUGCUGGGCGAGCACGGGAGAGAAACGUAUGUUCUGCUGCUUAAUGUCACAAACACCACAUGUGAAUCACCAAUGGAGUGGAGAAGCCAAUGAAUCAUUGGUUUCUGCAUGCAGGUUCUGAUUUAUUAUUGGAAAUAAAGCUAUUUUUAUGCACAUUAA